AUUUCAUAUUGGCUGCGAACUUUUUGAUCUUCCUCUACAUCCAUAGGAUUGAACACCUCGAAUGAAAUCAAGCCAUUGUUUAUUCAAUUAUGGCUGAUUCAAUCUCGGCUCUUUUGUCAUCAUUGAAGACUUCGCUCGAGUCCACCAAGGAUGCUUUACCAGAGCCAAACGAUGUCCUUCCUUCAAAGGAUGGGAUGUCCCUGUUGGACGUCAAGACGGACCUUUUCCUCUCCUAUAUGCAAAACUUGGUAUUCCUGAUCUAUAUCAAGCUCCGGAAUCUGCGUGACCAGGAAGAAGAAGAGCUUGGAAAUCAAAUUAUCGACAAGCUGGUUGAGUUACGCAUAUUUCUGGAACGAGGAGUGCGACCACUAGAGGGGCGUCUGAAGUACCAGAUCGACAAAGUCGUCCAGGCUGCGGAUGAAGCAGCGCGGCUGGACGCGCAAAAAAAUGCAUCUUCGAAAAAACGAAAAGGAACUUCCGCACGAAGGGCUAGCGACGCGAGUGCUGAAGGAUCCGGAAGUGGCUCUGGCUCCGAAAGCGAAUCCGAUACCGUUACUGGAGAGAAGAUUGAUGACCUCUCAUUUCGUCCCAACCCUGCAGCUUUCGUCAAGCCUAGGAUACCUGCUGCUCAUGACGCUCCCCGUGGAAAAGACGACUCCAGUGGGCUAUAUAAGCCGCCACGCAUCGCCCCCACCGCUCUCCCAACCACUGAAUCGAGAAAAGAACGUGCGGAUCGUGCCCCGAAAAAGUCGGCCACUCUUGACGAAUUCGUGGCCGGCGAGCUCUCCAUUGCUCCGCUUGCCGAGCCAUCGAUCGGAUCGACGAUCCGUGCCGGCGGACGUCACAUGCAAUCAGCCAAGGAACGCAAGGAGGAGGGGGAGCGGCGAAAAUACGAGGAGACCAACCUUGUUCGGUUGCCGAUGCAGAACAAGAAGGACAAGACGAAGAAGGAGCGGAUGGGCUUCGGUGGCGAGGAGUGGACGGAACUGAGCAGGGGCGUGGAGCGGAUCGAAAAGUUGACCCAACGCAAAGACGAAGAUCGGGGGGCGCUGGGGAAAAGUCGGAGACGGAAGAUUGAUGACAUAGGGCCGAAUGGAGCCGAUGCAGGCGACGCUUGGGAGAGGAAGAAGAGGAAGGUGAUGAGGGUGCGGAAAUAGGACUAUUCGCCGAAUAUGUUGUUGGCUCGGGGCCUCUGUAGGGUACAUGAUAUCCCGGAAUUGUUCAACGUUAUCUCGACCGGGCAGCAUGGAGUCCGGAAGCAUCUUCUCUUGUUAUUCUGGUGGGCAAUGCAAACGAGAUGUUGGGAUUUAAGCAAGGGAUUUAAUACACAUUCCCGGCGACGCGAAUAUCCGUUUAGGAUCGCGAUGUUGUAUACCGCAACCCCCCUUAUUUGGUUUUACACGUAGUAAGACAAUGACUCUGAGAGAGCUAUCCC